CAACUUAGCAAACUAAUCCUUACGAGCCAGACUGUGGAUGUGGGCUCGGACUCUGCUCAAAUGAGUCCCACUAAGCUGGACUUUGAUCUCUCUCCUUACGAACUUCAGGAAGAGUUAUUAAAUGCCAAGCGGCGGCUCGAAUCUCAAGAAACGCAAAUCCUCUCUCUAGAGGCAACACUUUCGGCGAGACCCCUGUUACCCCCCGAUGCCCCAGAAGACGAAAAAGAUAAAUUAAUCGCAGAACUACAGCGUACUAAUCGGGAACUCAGUUUGACAGUCCAAGGCUAUGAAGCUCAUUUAGGUGAACCCUUACGAGCCGUCAAGGAAGAUGUUGAAAAAGAGUGGAAAGAAAAAGUAGAACUGCUCGAAAAGGAAUUAGGAAGCAACAAAGAAUGGGUCAAGGAGAUCGUGAAAGAGCUGGAGAGAGAAAAACAGGCGCGAAUCAGACUAGAAAAGGAGAAAAGUGCUCUCUUAGCCUUCGUAACGGAUAUCGAUAUUCAUAUGCGAGAGCGGACCCCCUUUCCCUCAUCGCUUCCUCGCCCAUCUUCCGGCAUUCCUAGAGCGUCAUUUGGUAAUUCAUCUAAAGACGGCUCAACCAAGCGCUACACUACCGGAUCCAUUUUUACAGAGAGCACGAACGCCAUCCGUCCAUCAGGAGGACUAGAUGGAGUCAAGGAAGAAGCAGAAGAUAAAGAAAAUGUAAGCCCGGUCCCGGCAGUCUGA